UAGAGAUCAGUUCAACUGUUGCAGUGCUCAAACACACCAAGUUUCUCUUGUGCUCAAGAAACAAACCGCCAAAACCGCUCAAAAUGAAGUUCACAACAGCUCUCUUCGUCCUCGCCUUUGUCACAAUCGUCACUGCCAUCACUGAGGAGCAGCGCAAGAAGGCCCGCGAACACAUGCAAGUGUGCAGCCAGGAAAUCGGUCUGCCAGCCGAGAGGGUGGCGAACCUGAGGAAGGGUGACUUUGCCAAUGCCGACGACAAGACGCAGUGCUUCGUGGACUGCUUCUUCAAGAAGGUCGGCUUCAUGGACUCCAACGGCGUCUUCCAGGACAAGGUGGCUGUGGAGAAGCUGUCCGAGGGCGAGUCUGACCCGUCCAAGGUCAAGCAGGUCGUGGACAAGUGCAAGGGCGAAUCUGGCGCCGGAAAGUGCGAGACGGCCUUCAAGAUCUACCAGUGCUCCUACCUGGCUCGCGCUGAGAUCCUGUAGAGAAUUUCCAUCCUUGACAGUAGAGCUGCCCCAAAUGUUAUCGCUUUCAAUAAAAGAAGCAUUCGUGAGUUGAAA